AGUAACAGAUGAACGUGCCAACAGAAAAUUAAAUGGAUAUACUUAACAGAAUGAUUAAAAAUGGUGUGCAAAUUGGUCGAGAUAUCGUCAGACCGAACUACCGCGUCGUAGUUCUGGGGUCAGCAAGCGUGGGAAAAUCGUCCAUAAUUAGCAAGUUUAUGCACGACAGAUUCUUAGAAAGUCACAAAGAAACUAUCGAGGAGUUACACAGACAUGUGAUGUGGUUCGACAAUGUUUCUGUUGAAAUUGAUAUUCUUGACACGUCGGGCUCAUAUCAAUUCCCCGCAAUGCGCAAACUUGCCAUAGCGACCGGCGACGCUUUUAUUCUCGUGUAUUCAGUUGACAACACGUCAAGUUUUGAGACUGUGAAAAUUCUACGUGAUGAAAUUCGAGAGCAGAAAACAAAGGGAAAAUAUUCCAUCGUCGUCGUGGCGAACAAGCUCGACUUGGAGACCUUCAAAGACACGUCAUGUGCCGUGACUGAAUCAAUUGUUUGUAUGGAUUGGGAGGAGAAAUUUGUCCUUACGUCCGCAAAAACGGGCGAAAACGUUCACGAAGUCUUCCAGGCUUUAGAGAAGAAAAUCAGAGAGCGAAUAAAACUGGAAGAAAAACGGAUGAAUUUCAUCCGACGGAUAUCAAUGCCUGUCAUGCGUAUGGCGAAGUCCGAGAAAUCCACGGUCGGGCUGAUAAAAACUAAAAGCAGAACACAUUCAAUGGAUUCAUAGACGAAUUGUUUUUUGCUCUUGAUUAAAACUAUGUUGACAGUUACCGAAACUUAAUGGUAAGUGUGGUUGAUUGAUAUGCUCAUGCGCCGAGCCAUUUCAAUGCAUUGAGACCAUGACGUUUUACUGUUGCAUUAAACCGUUAGGCACACCAGGACCGUUGUUGCACGUUUUGAUCAGAUAAUGUAUUUAGUAUGCUUUAUAUAAUAUGAAUAUAGAAGAAUAUUGUGUUGCAGCAACAUGAUACUGAUUUUGGAAAUAGUUCUAAACGAUGAUCAUUAUAAAAUUAGACUCUGAUGAAACUUAAUUGCAUACAUUGAUGUAUUGUUUUCAUUUCAUGCUGGAUAAGAGUUUUGUCUCUUCUCACAUUUGACGGAUGUGGCCAUUAGAUAUUGGGGUUGUCGUAGUUUGAUGUUAUCAACAUGCUGACGGCAUGAUAAACAAUGUAUACUUCUUUGCCUUUAGAUAUGGCCUUACCGGUUAUUUGGUGUUCCGAUGUUUGCUGAGUAACCAGACUUUUGUGCAACUUAUUUGUUACGUAAUACACCUACUUUAUAGAUAUUCCUCGCUUGCAUGACGUUACCCUUUACAUUAGAACAAUAAUAAUUGUAUAUGUCCAUAGGUUGCAUAAUCUCAUUUGUAUUUAGAUGUAUAUACGAGAAGUGCUCGCUCCUGCAAGUACAUACAAGAUUUAAUUAAACAUAAGUGUAUGCAUUUGAUUGUCAAAUAGUAAUUAUUUGAUAUUCAUUUAAAAUUAUCGUUAUACAUUUCUUUGCAUUUCUCAUCAAAGCAAGUGUUUUGUUGCAUUGCGUGUUUUGUCGAGGUUGUUUACUUUUCUGUAUGUAUAUAUUUUUCUUACAUAUAAUCGCACUAUUUUAUUGUAAAUGAGUUUAAGUUCAAUACAUUUUACGGUUUCAAAAUUUCAUCUUUAAAAAGUGUUGAUGAUAUUUGAGAAUCAUAUAUGUUCAUAAAGAUACAAUUGUAUAUGUGUACGAAACCAUUUGAAACUCUCCGACCUGAAUGUAAUGUUGUACGAGUUUCGUUUUGCUUGGAUUUGAAAUGCCUCCAGUUUGAAUUAACGCAAUCGUCUGAGGAUUUUUAAGCGUAUAGUUAAUGAGAGAAUGGUGUCAUAUCCAGCCCAUUAUAAAGCGUGAGGUGUUGACAAUAUAAACCGAUCUUACAUUAUUAAAAUUGCUAUGAUGGUGUGUCUUGUGC